AUGCCUCACAACGUUGGCCGCCCGCGCGCAGUUCUGGCUCCCUCUCCGCGCAUCCUCGCAUAUCUCGCAGCCAAAGGGCGCUUGCCCGUUCCAAAGACUUCCAUGGCCCUUGUGCCUUCCUCCCCGCGCGACAAGUAUCCGCCCCUGCCCGACGACGAUUUCCCAUGGAAGGAGCCACCCGCAGUCGUCAUCACGCCCUGUGACCCCUGGCCACCGCCAUACUACCUCGAGGACGGGCUGAGAAAAGUGAAGCCCUAUCACUUCACCUACAAUACCUACUGCAAGCAAAGAUGGCGCGGCAGGGAGAUUCUGGAGAUUUUCGCCGACGAGUUUCGCGACCGGCCCAAGGAAUACUAUGAACAGGCCAUCAAGGACGGCCGCGUCGUCGUCAACGGAAAGCCAGUACCGAGUACGAGCACGAUGAUCAAGAACGGCGAUGUGAUUUCCCACACGUUACAUCGACACGAACCGCCAUGCACGGCACAACCGAUUGGCAUUGUCCACGAAGACAAUGACCUGAUUGUCAUCAACAAGCCCGCAGGCAUGCCCGUGCAUCCUGCUGGCCGGUACAACUUCAAUUCCAUUAUUGAAAUCAUGCGUGCGGACAGAGGAUACAACUGGAACCCAUUGCCGUGCAACAGGCUGGACAGGCUGACAAGCGGCAUCAUGUUUAUUGGCAAGCACCGCAAGGCAGCCGAGCACAUGAGCGCGCAGAUUCGGGGCCGCACAGUCAAGAAGGAGUACAUUACCCGCGUCGUCGGCGAAUUCCCAGAGGGCGAGGUCGUCUGCGAGAAGCCGAUUCUGCAAAUCAGCCCCAAACUCGGGCUCAACCGCGUGCGCGCCGAUGGCAAGGAAGCCUUUACUGUCUUCAAGCGGCUUGCGUACUACCCGCCCAAGGAAGAGGAAGCUCCACCCGAGAAAGAUGCUAGGGGCAAGGCGGACUCGGAUGGGCAGCCCUGGAAGCGAUUGCGCGGAUAUUCCAUUGUGCGUUGCUUCCCCGUCACAGGCCGAACACACCAGCUACGGGUGCAUCUCCAGUUCCUCGGCCACCCCAUCUCCAACGACCCCAUCUACGCCAACCAGCGCGUCUUUGGCCCCUCUCUCGGCCGCGGCCAGUGCGAGUCGGAAAACGACGAAGACAUCAUGGCGCGCCUCAGCCGCAUGGGCAAGGAAGACGUCGCAGACGCCGUCGCCUACCACGACGAGCUCGUCGAUGCCUACAACAAGAAGAAGGCCGAGCGGCGGACGGGCGAGAAAUGCAGCAUCUGCGACACGGAUCUGUACAGCGAUCCCGGCGCUCACGAACUCGGCAUCUACCUGCAUGCGCGCAGAUAUCGGUGUGAGGAGGGCAAGUGGGACUAUCAGACUGGCUUGCCGGACUGGGCGCUGCCGCCGCCGGGCUACCAAGGGCCGAGGGAGGGGACGGAGGAGAGUGAUCCUCUGGCGGUGGAUUUGGCCAAACUGGGGCUCAAACAUGUGUCUGCCGAGGCGGACAAGGAGGCCCGGCGGUACAAGUACAAACAAGUAGCGGGCGGGCGGACGACGAUGCGCGUCGCAGGCUUCUUGGCUCCGCUGGUGUUUGCCGCCACGGCCGCGGCUCAGGCUGUCGAGGAGGGCAUUGCGCCGGCUUCGGGACCGCCAGAGGGAUGCAAGACGACGGUCGAGGGGCGCUUUAUGAUCGGGACCCUGGAGAACCCGAGUCUGAGCAAGCGCGAGACGGCACAGGAGGCUGCUGAUGGCCAACUACUCUGCACACUCAAGGACGGCAUCCUACACGACCAGUACAAGCGCACCGGCUCCGUGGUUGCAAAUCGUCAGUUCCAAUUCGACGGCCCGCCCCAGGCUGGCGCCAUCUACACGGGCGGCUUCUCCGUCUGCAGCAACGGCUCGCUCGCGAUUGGAGGCUCCACCCGCUGGUGGAGGUGCAUGAGCGGCGAGUUUGGCAAUCUGUACGACGAAUGGAUUGGCGCACAGUGCCAUGAAAUAAGGAUCCAGACCAUUUUCCCCGACGCCUCUUCGUCGUCCAGUCCGGCCGCUUCCACGUCCAAGCCGGCUACAGCCAGCGAUGCUUCGUCGCGCGUGUCGGCUUCUGCGUCACCCACGGACACAACCACCUCAAUGGCUACGCAAUCAGAGGGCGCUUCGACCAUCAAUGGAACCCUCUCUGGCUCGUCUGCACCCACUGCCUUUUCCACCGCCUCGCCCUUCUCCCCCACCGCCUCCCCAACCAACAGCGGAUCCACGCCCUCUGGUACCGCCUCCGGAACCGGAGCCGUAGAUGCCCCUCCAGCCGAAGGCGUAGCCUCAACCCUGUACAUGGCAGGAGCCACCUUUGGAGCCACCCUCGUCUUCCUCGGCGCCACGUUUCUUCUCUAA